UUUAGGGAGUGGCAUCACUUUCUGGUGGUCAACAUGAAAGGGAAUGAUGUUUCCUCUGGCUGCGUCUUGUCUGACUACGUGGGCUCUGGUCCUCCCAAGGGAACAGGGCUCCACAGGUACGUGUGGCUGGUGUACGAGCAGCCGGGCAGCCUGUCCUGCUCCGAGCCCCCCCUCACCAACCGCUGUGGAGACAACCGUGGCAAGUUCAAGAUCCAGAGCUUCAGGCAGAAAUACAGCCUGGGAGCCCCGGUGGCGGGGACCUGUUACCAGGCAGAGUGGGACGACUACGUCCCCAAGCUGUACGAGCAGCUGGCCGGGAAAUAGAUGAAAAAAACUUGACCCCAUAGCGUUCAGCACUUAGAUUUCCGAUACGAGUUGCCAUUCUUGCAAGGAGCAAAAAAAAACAAACAGGAACCAAACAUUUUGUGUGCCACCUUAAAGUAUUUUUCUCUUCCCACUGAUGCCUACAAAUGCUGUGACAAAAAACUCAAUGACGUUAACUGCACUCUUCUGCAAUAAAACUGUUAAACGGUGAAA